AAACUUUAGCUAUACUACUAAACGCCUAAUUAUACUCAACUCCCCUUUUUAACUUAUUCUUAAUAAAGAGUUUUCAAAACCCUACGCUACUACGACUGUGGAAGCCCUAACCUUCGAAACCCUAAUCUUCGAAACAUUAAAACUGAUUUUACCAUUGGGGUCUCUCUCUCAGGAUUGCAGAGCAAAGCAUAAUGGGGGAAGAAAAUGAAGCAGAAGUGAAAUCAUUUACGGAACUUGGUGUAAGCGAGGAGUUGAUUGAAGCCUGUGGUGCAUUAGGAUGGACUACUCCUACCAAAAUUCAAUCUGAAGUCAUUCCUCAUGCUCUUCAUGGAAAGGAUAUCAUUGGGCUUGCUCAAACUGGGUCUGGUAAAACGGGUGCCUUUGCAUUGCCCAUAAUUCAGUCGUUACUCAAUACCAUCCCACCUCCGCCCUUCUUUGGAUGCGUUCUUUCACCUACUCGGGAGCUUGCAAUCCAAAUUGCUGAGCAAUUUGAAGCUUUAGGAGCUAGCAUUGGACUACGAACUACUACGCUUGUUGGUGGAGUGGACAUGAACCAACAGCAAAUUGCUCUCGCCAAACGUCCGCAUAUCAUAGUGUCUACACCUGGUCGUCUUAUGGAUCAUUUGACCAAUACCAAAGGGUUCUCACUUCGUUCCUUGAAAUACCUGGUACUGGAUGAAGCAGAUAGAUUGUUAAAUGAGGACUUUGAGAAAGCUCUUGACGAUAUUUUGAAAGUUAUUCCUCUUGAAAGAAGGACUUAUUUAUUUUCCGCCACUAUGACGAAAAAGGUUAAGAAGCUCCAAAGGGCAUGCCUAAGGAAUCCAGUUAAAAUUGAGGCAGCCUCAAAGUAUUCUACUGUUGACACUUUAAAGCAGCAAUAUCUUUUUGUUCCGGCUAAAUACAAGGAGUGUUAUCUCGUUUAUAUUCUGAUGGAGAUGUCUGGAAGUGCAAUGGUUUUCACUCGUACAUGUAGUGCAACUCUUAUUUUAUCUGUCAUGCUCCGAAAUCUUGGUUUAAGGGCUGUUCCAAUCAAUGGAAGAAUGACUCAGGCAAAACGUCUUGGAGCACUCAACAAAUUCAAAGCAGGAGAAUGCAAUAUCCUCAUUUGCACUGAUGUAGCGAGUAGAGGUCUUGAUAUACGUUCAGUGGAUAUGGUGAUUAACUAUGAUAUUCCUGCUAAUUCCAAGGAUUACAUACAUCGGGUUGGAAGAACAGCUCGGGCUGGAAGGUCAGGGGUUUCCAUCUCAUUAGUAAAUCAAUACGAACUCGAGUAUUUCAUCCAUAUAGAGAAUUUGAUAGGCAAAAAGUUACCAAAACACCCUGCCGAGGAAGAGGAAGUUCUGAUCAUGUUAGAGCGUGUUUCUGAGGCGAAAAGGAUCGCAAAUAUGAAAACCAAGGAUUCAGGGCACAAGAGAGGAAGAGAGAUGGAUGAUGAGGAAGGGGAGGAGAUUCAGAAGUACUUGAACAAGGGCAAGAAAAGUGGCAGCAGAAAUGGCAAGAAAAGUGGCAAACCAGCCAAGAAAUUUGGAAGAUGAACUUCACCUGAUUGGUUUCACCGGCUUUUUUGUUAGAAACAUAUUGGAGCUUUUAGUUUAUUGGCAAAAGCCAGAGAUAUCUAAUGUUAUUUAAUUCUAUGGAACUAAAGAGUAAGAUUUGGUUGUUCAUGAAGCCAGAGAUAACAAAACUGUGCGAAAACUGUAACUGACUUGCCAAUGUGCCGCCUAUAUUUUUUUCGGCAUUUUAAAGGCUUCAAAUAAUCACCGAUGCACAUAGCCCACAAACAUCAAAUUAUAAUUAAAUAGCCCAUUUAAUUUAAUUAUAUUUAUGUAGAUAUUGAUUGUAAUAUAAAUAUUUGAUAAUUUUAAUUCUUAGAAUUAAGGAUAUUUAUUGUGAAGGUUGAGUUAAACAAAGUAAAGAAUCUAAAUGAGGCAAGUAAAAAAUACGAGAAAGGUGCCACUGAUCCUAAACCCUCAUAUAGUCAUAUGUCCGUACUCUACUUCUGCAAUUA